UGGCGCAUUGGCGGCGGCGGGCAACGGCGCUGCACGCGGUGCUCUAGCGCGCCUACGCGGUCCCCGCCGGAGUCGCGGCGCCCCUCCGUGCGGCCCUCACCUUUCUUCCUGUCCUCGCAUCGCUCCGGCCCCAGGAUGGGCGCGCGCGCCUCGGGCUGGCCCCGGGCCCGGGCCGGGCUAUUGCUACUGCUGCCGCUGCUGCUCGGGAUGCUGGCCCCGGGCGCGCAGGGGGCGAGGGGCCGCAGCGGCACGGAGAAGAACAGCUACCGCCGCACCGUCAACACCUUCUCGCAAAGCGUCAGCAGCCUGUUCGGCGAGGACAAUGUGCGCGUUGCUCAGAAGUUCCUGACCAGGCUGACCGAGAGGUUCGUGCUGGGUGUGGAUAUAUUUUUGGACACUGUGUGGAAAGUGUGGACGGAGAUCUUGGAUGUUUUGGGACUUGACGUCUCGAACAUGUCCCAGUAUUUCAACCCCGCCUCGGUGGCCAGCAGCCCGGCCCGCGCCAUCAUUCUGGUCGGCGUCAUCCUCCUGGCCUACUGGUUCCUGUCCCUGACCCUGGGCUUCACCUUCAGCGUCCUGCACGCCGUGUUCGGCCGCUUCUUCUGGAUCGUGCGCGUCCUCCUGUUCUCCAUGUCCUGCGUGUACAUCCUGCACAAGUACGAGGGGGAGCCGGAGAGCGCGGUGCUGCCGCUGUGCUUCGUGGUGGCCGUCUACUUCAUGACCGGGCCCGUGGGCUGCUACUGGCGGGGCGGCCCUGGCGGCCCCAGCGUGGAGGAGAAGCUGGAGCACCUGGAGAACCAGGUCCGGGUCCUCAACAUCCGCCUGAGCCGCGUGCUGGAGAGUCUCGACCGCGCCAACAGCAAGUGACAACCAGCCAGCCGGCCGGGUCCCCUCGCCCCGGCGCCCCCUCUCCGGAAACAGAAGAAGAGGAGGAAGAAAAGGACGGCGAACCCCAAACAAUCUUAAUAAACGUUCCUGGGCAAGAGAGAGGGGCGCUCUGUGAGGGUGUUUCCGGCCACGCGCGGACUCUCAGGACGCAUUCCGAGAGCGAGGACCCGCUCCGCGACGUGGAGCCGCCUACCGGGUGUUGUGAGUGGGAGAGAUAUUUUUUACACAAAGGAGAUAACCCUAUUAGCUGUACAGUCAGAGAAGUUUAUCUGCAUAGAGCAUACAGUUAAUUUUUUCAAGCAUUUAAAUACAUCUUUUGUAAGGUUUUUUAAUAAAGGCAGACCUGAGUC